AAUACACGAGGUCGGUGUACACGCAACAGAAGAGUGAAGUUUGUUUUUGAUUAAAAAUCUACAUUUUUGAGUGAAAAUGGUCAAAGUAAAGGUAGAAGAUACAGUUGAUAAACCUAUUCCAAAAGUUAAAAAGGUUAAAGAAAAAAGUACAAAAGAGAAGAAGAAGAAAGACAAGGAUGCAAAGAGUGAAGAAAAAAAGAAAAAGAAUCGGAAAGAUUCACAAAUGGAAGAAAAUGGAACUGAAGAGGUAGCCACAGUGAUCAAAGAGAAAAAGAAAUCUAAAAAAGAAAAGAAGACAGAUGGGACUUCAUCCAGGGAAAAGGACAGUGAUGUCAAAGAGAAAAAGAAAAAAUCGAAAAAAGACGAGAAAUCGGUCGUAGAAAAUGGACAUGGUGUAGAUGUGGAUAAGAUCAAAUCUGAACCGAUAGACACUGACUAUAGAACUAAUGGUGAGACUGAAAAGUGUCUGGAUGAAGCGAAAGUAAAGUCAGAGAAAACAGAGGGAGAAAUUCUAGGGGAUUUCUCAAACUUCAGAAUAUCAGAUGCCACAGUUCAAAAACUUCAAAAACAAAACAUAAAUUAUUUGUUUCCCAUACAGUACAAAACAUUUAAUCACAUAUAUGAUGGAGAGGAUGUUAUUGGUCAAGCACGUACUGGCACAGGAAAAACACUGUCCUUUGCACUGCCUCUUGUAGAAGUCUUACAGAAGAAGAGAACACAGAGAAUACGAAACUGUCCAAAGGUCAUUGUCAUGGUGCCCACAAGGGAACUGGCCAAACAGGUCUCGGAUGUGUUUGAAUCAAUUGGUGAAGGGCUGAAUGUUGCAUGCUUCUAUGGUGGAACGCCAUAUGAAAAACAAAUGAGGGCCAUCAACUCAGGAAUAGACGUCCUUGUGGGGACACCUGGUCGUAUCAAGGAUCACAUAGAGCGGGGUAACCUGGACUUUAGCCGGGUACGACACGUGGUGCUGGACGAGGUGGACAGAAUGCUGGACAUGGGAUUCGCGGAGGACGUAGAGACCAUUAUAUCGUCUGCUUACAAAUCGGUGCCUAGAAAGUUUUUAGAACUGUCCAUCAAGUGA